GGAGACACAGGUGGGUAGCAGAUAGGGACCUCAAAAACAGGAAAGAGCAACAGGAGAGAUUAACUGAGUUUGGAAAAGGAGGCAAAGGUGAAACAGGGAGGUGUGGGCUAGAGUCCCUGAGAAUUAGCAAGAGCUUAAAGCUUGAUUGUUUUGGAGCUUUUGGAAACUUAUGAAGGUUGUGAGUUCUCGUGGCUUUUCUGAAGUGGUUCCUCCAGGGUCAAUCUUACUCUCCAGGAGUGUGGAGGAAGACAUCCAGAAUGGUUCUUCUAUUUAAGGAAAGCUUCAGUGACGAUGCUCUGCUGAAGCUGCAUAUUAUCUCCACACAUCAAAAACCGUGAGGAAUUUCUUAAAAGAUUGGCAAGUCUCACUGGAUUCAACUUAGAACACAGCUGAAAUAUUAUGAAGCAGGAAGAAAUUAGGUAAAAGAAGAAAUAAAGAUGGCAGGGGAAAAUCUCCAAAUUCAGCCAAACUUAUGCAAAAGCAAAUUAAAGUGUAACAGUGAUUUUAAGAAAGGAUUGAUGUUUCCAUUAUGAAUACAAAUAUGAAAUGCAGCCUACAUUGAAGGAGUUAUUGAUAAUGUUCACCAAAACUGGAAUGAAAAGAAGCCUGCUGCACUACAGAAAGAAGCCUGCUGCAUGCAAGACCAUGAAAACAUGGAUUGCAAGACAUGUUGAAAAUCUGAAAAGAAAUUGGUUCUCAGCACAGAUAGUUUGUUGCUGCAGGCUGAUGUAUCAGGAUGCAUGGAACAAAGAGACUUUGGGAUUUUGACUGCAGUCGCUGGCACAUCCCUUGUCCUCUGCCUGUUCUUUUUCACCACCAUGCUGCAAGCAGCAGACCUCCACAGGGAGACUGACCAUCCUGGUGGGCUGCUGAGGUCUUCAUCCUUUCCCUCGUGCUCUUUAGCAACUUAGUAAACUUAGGUGAAAGACUCCAGGCAAAGACAUUCUGCAUUCUGCCAAAUCAAUAAGUUUUUCUACCUUUUUUUUUUUUUUUUUUUUUUUGAUUCUGACCUUCACUGGUCUUACGUUUACAUUUGGCCUCUACAACGUCAAAGAAAGAUUCUCUGUUAAAAGUGAGUAAAAAGGGACCUGGCUUCCUUUUGCUUCUUUUGAGGGCCCCAAGUUCUUGCAUUAGAAAAGAAAAUGAAUACUUACUGAAUCAUCCCAGUAGUUCAUCUGCUGCACAGAGUUGUCAGUGAAAAUCUGAACCCUCUAAGGUCAGUGAAAUCACCAGAACUGGUAACAUCCAGUGGUUGUAAAAGUGCAAGGGGAGAGGGACAAGGUGUUUGAACCAUAAGAAAGACGUGCUAUGAACUGCUAAAAAUGAGAAAUAUAACAAAACUCUGAGGAGCAAAACUCUGAGGAGCAGAAGAUUCAGGAAGUUCAGAAGUUAUUUUCCAAAAACAAUACUUAAUUCUGUAUCCUUCUGCAUCUGUUUCACUAUAUUUUUUUCCUCAGAGGAACGUGAAUAAAAUUGUAUUUGGCUGUACUGUGGGAGAGUGAAAGACAGACAGUGAACCUGGUGGCUUCAGUCCCUGCUGCAUCAUGUUUUCAUCCACUGAAGAGAUGGAAAUGAUAUGCAAAAGAAAAUGCAUUAAUGCUGCGCUAAAUCCAUGAUGUCAGCUGCUGUUUGCCAGCUUAGUGAACAGCAGAACUUUGUGGAUUUAAAAGAUUUUGGGAUCAUUUUGCAAUAUUGCCCCAUCUACAAAUUGAGACCAGUUUCUAGGAUGAAUUUGUAAAUUCUCAUUCGACUCUUAUCCUCCCAUCUAUCCCAUGAUACCUCUGCAGAGCUUCAUUGACUUGAGAGAAGCACAAAAUUGGGAAAGGACUACAGUUAAAACAAAAUAGCAACUAGAUCACAAAGCCAUGGAUGGAGCAAAACUCUCAAAGUUCAAAAGAAUUUCUGCCAAAGUGAAAAUAUACCAAAUUUUAUUUAGAAAACCUUUUGAAAUUUUAUAGUAGAUGUUUGUAGCUAAGAAUAACUUACCUAGAUUGAUUCGGUGAUGACCCAGAGAAGGAACAGAUGGCAUAGAGUAGUCCCUGCUCCUUUCAUUACAUCAGCAACUGGAAAUGAUGACGAUACCACACUGGCUUAUUCCAAAUUACGGAGACCAGUGAACAGACUAGCCUGACUGGCAGGAGAUCUCGGAAAAAGAGACUCAAGUCUGCCUUGGACAGCUACAGAGGUUAAAUGCCUCUGGAUCACGUUGCUGAUGAAAGAGACUGGAAAGUGAGAUUUGAAUAAACUUCAGAUCACCCGCUUUCCGAGUGUUUUACUCUUGACUGCUCUAUCAGUGUUGAGGUAAUUUGCCAGAAGACCACUUGCCCAAUGAGUGGAAGAAGGUAUGUCCAUUGCAACUUGGGAGUACUUGGGUCAUCAGAGUGACGGUCUGGCAAUCCAUGAGCCUCCUUUGCCAGAUUUGAAAAAUGAAAGUUGCAGGGUUGUAGAAACCUCAAGAAUGAAAUUCACAGUUGCAGCAUAAGGAAUGAAAUUAAAUAUUCAGUCUUUGGUACAGCCUUCAAGAUUGUGGAUCUCUGCAUAAGGACUGUAAGUUUUCACAAUACACUUUCUUUCUUUAGGUACAUAUAUCCAUGAUCCCUAAGAAGUUCUUGUACCCUAGUAGCCCACAGGUGAGAGUGAAAUUGCUAAAAAUGUCUCUUAGGGAAAACGCUGCUCAGAAGCCUGGAGUCAUGUUUCCAGCUAUGAAGUAACAUUUCUCUAUGCAUUAACCCUUAGAGAGGCCCCCACUCCCCUAAGGAUUGAGCUGCAGUCUGAGGUGAGAAUGACAAACCUCUGCUCCCAGAAUGUCACGUCCCUUAGAACAGGAGCAAUGUUGAGGAACCUGUCAAGACUUGGUAUGCACAUGGAGGGCAAAAGUUAAAUAAAGAUGUUUACAUAAACAGGAAAAAAGGUUCUUCUAUCCACACAAUAGUCAUUUAUUUGUAUAUGCUGACAGGAUAAAGCUGCUAAACCACUGUUCUUGCUUCACCCAGGGAAGUUUUUAUAACAUACCUUUGGUUUUUUGGCUUCCCAGCCCUUAGUCAUGCUUCCACUGGCCUUUUAGACAGGCCUGGAACAGCCUCAUCUCCUCUCAGUCUUGAGCUUGGCUCAGCCUGACUUCAGAUCCUGACUCCCAGCCAGGGAUAGCUCAGCUUUCACAGCUGGACAUGGCUUUGUGCUCCAGUGCCCACAGCGCUGGCUGUGCUUUUCCAGUCAGAGCACAAGCAUUUUGUGGUGAAUUCAGGGAAUUUUAUUUUUUAAGUGAUGCAGGAUUACCUUGUUUGUAGGAGCUUCCUGCUCUGGAGAUCUCACAGCCUGUCUUCUGGAAUUUCAUAUAAACCAGCUAAGCUGUAAAACAUGCAAUUUUUUCCCUGUAGUUGAUCUUCCCAAGCAGCCUUCUACUUAGGUAGUCUAUGCUACUCCAACCCACCCUUGCCUUUUGCCCCUGCCUGAUAUUUCAAGCUGCCAGUAACAAUUCCGUCUGAAUUGCAUGCAAAGAGCACGUCCCAGCCCUCUCAAAUGCUUUGGGAGAGGAUCUCUUAAAGCUGGUGGAGCUGCAUCAUCUCUGCAGGACUCUGGAAGACGGCAGUCCUGCAGCUGAUCCAGCCCAGCCUGCAUGCAGCUGGCCUCCAGGUUGAGCAAGGCUGGGUGGGAGUGUUGCCGGAGCAGAGCCCUGCCUGUUGUACCAUGUCCUCUCUGUUGCACUGCUGCUUGGGUGCAUCUGCCUAUGCCAUGGGUCUUUGUUCUAAAAUGCUUUGGGAUUAUUUCCUGACCAAUUUUGUAUAUCCUUCAGGGGGCAGUUGUGCAAGGGCACUUGAGCAGAUCCAACAGCAGUUGUGUGCAGUUUUACACCCAGGUUUAGGGUAACAUCUCUACCCUUUCCCACAGAUGUGUUGGCUAGACAAGGUUUAAAGCAGCAAACAUGAAGCAGGGGUUCUUCCAUGUGAAAGUUCAGGAAGUUUAGCCUAUACCCAGUGCUGGGGAAGUCUGAAUGAAUCUGGGAAGACACCCAAGAAGAUGACUGACCAGCAGAUAAAUGAUACUUGCUAUUGCUUAUUUUGCUUUGUUGCUAUAAUUCCCCUCUGUCCAUUUAUUUCAGCCUCACUGAUGACAACAUGAUGACUUAAUGAUCAUGUCUGAGGCAGGAAAUGUCUCAGAUAUCCACAUCUCCACAGGUACCAAACAUACUGGGAUCCUAAUCAGAGAGUAAGUCUUCAGUGAUGCUCAGAAUUAAUAAUAUGGACUUCUGUUGUAAGAGAAGUGAUCAGGAGAGCAGGAGGACUUCUUAUCUCUGUUCUCCACCACUGGGGCAUGCUCUGCUGCUAAUUUAAUUAUUACGAAAACUAUGACAUUUAACAAAUUGAAUUGGCUGUUCCAGUUUUUUCAGUCCCUGUUUGCCAUUGGUAUCUGCCUUGCACAAAUAAGCAUAAAGCUAGCAGGUGCCUCUGCAUAGGUCCUUACUGCUUCGUGUGGCAUGUAAAUUUGCACCUGUCAUGAACUGAAAUGAUGAGGAUCUUGCAGAUAGAUUGCAAGACCAUUUCACAACUAUAUCAUAACUAACUGUUCUCUGGGAUAAACAGGAAUCCUGUGGAAAUCAUUCUGGAUUACGACAUUACAGUUUUCUGGGGAUCAGCUCUCACACUUUCUUGCAACACUGCACUUUUGUAAUGGUAGAUAAUCCAGUAGUGCUAUUACAGCUGGGGACCCUGUGGCUGCUCUCAUGACACCAAAUGGUUGGUCUGAGCCAAAACUCUAUUGGAAGGAUGAAUAUUUGUGUCCCUAUUUCUUAAAUGUAUCAGCAGAGGUCAACCAUCUUACCCAUCCUGUGUAACAAUGGUAGUGCAUGACAGAAACGUUUUUCUACAGAACUGAGAGACUGCUUAGACAGAGUCCUGCCCUGUCAUUUCUCUCCUCUAUGCUCUUAAACCUUGGCUAAAUAACUGCAUCUAUCUUAUUUUUAGUACCAUGCUCCUCUGCAAUUCAUCUCCAAGCAUUUUGCAAAGGCUUUUUAUCCUCAUUUCAAGAGGUGAGUCAGCCAAAACCCAGUGGUGUACUAUGAUAACGACAAAGCAAGGAGUAAUACCUAGACCCUGGGAAAUGACUGGUGGCUUUCCUACAGAUUUACUGUGAUUGUAGCCACAUCUUAUAAACUUUACUAACAUCUCUCCAGAACAUGGUAUGUGGUCUGCUAAUAACCUUAGGAAUUCUCCACCUUCUUACCAGUGUACAAAGAUCAACUUUGUUCCUUCUGACUAGUGCCCAAACUACUGAAGUGAAGCACAUGUAUGAUUUUAAUAGGGUUGGGGUCCCCUGCUGUUAAAACACACACAGUUCUUUUACAGUCAGCAUAAUAAGUUUUUCCUCCCAUUUUCCAGAAUGGUAAAAAGAGAAAGUGUAUUUCUGUUUGUGGUUUUGGUGUUGUACAGCCCACAACUAUUGGGUCUCUCCUCCAGUGCCCAUGCAGGGUAGACCCUCAUGCAUUUAAAUAAUUGAUUUGUAUGCAGCUAAUAGGUAGCAUGAUAGAUAUGGAUGUAAAAGGCUGAAUAACAGAUGGCUUUGAGUAAGAUGGGGCUCUAAAGGGCACAAUUCAACAUUUUCUUCUCCAGGAGCAAUACCACAUCCUGUUUACAGAUUAUCUAUGUUUAUCUGGCCAGACACAGAUGCUAUAAAUCAUUUGCUCCAAAUGGAGUCAGGGCAGGAAUUUUACUCAUCCCCUGGUGGUGCUUGUUUUGUGAGCUUUGGCUUUUAGGGUAUGGUUAAAAGAAAACCAAAAGGACAGAUGUUCUCUGGGGUUUUUAAAACUGCUUAUUUAAAUUUGAAUUUAAAUGUAAUCCCCUCUUUUUAGUGCUGCUUGUUUGUGAUCUUAAAUGUGUUAGACAUAUUGAAAACUAAAGUUAAUAUAACAUUUUAUUCCUGUAAGGGCAGUGUGAUUCCAAGGGCCUCGAAGCAGAUAACAAGUAUAGACUGUGACAGUCUGGGACUAGAGAGAGAAUUUGCAUCAUCUGAACUGUUAUCUAAUCAGAGAUUCCCCUCACCCACAAACCUGAAUGAAAAAAAUGUAAUGCAUACAUGAGAUGUUAAUUAUAUUCCUUUGUGCCCUGGAAGCUACUCAGUCUCCUGGGAAGUGUACCUGGCAGAGGUGUUAGCUGAGUCACUGGAAGCUGCCGAGGGGAAGAACCACUACUGUAAAAGACCUGAGACACCCUUACGAACUGAGAAUCUGACUAAUUUAAACAGAUGGCUAAUCCCAGUGCUGUCUGCAAUGGACAUCUACAUCAUCAUCAUCACCAGAAACAGAAUAACCUCUUAAAAAGUGGAGUCUGUAAGAAAAAUGGAAUUACCAAAGGAAUGAAGAAGAAUGGUGUAUCAAAUGGAACUCUCUACAAAAAAACAUUUAUUGAGCACUUUGAACAGGCACCAAUGUAUGUUGCAGUUCUUACUUUCGUGGGUUUUGGAGUGGGCACAAUAUUUGGCUACCUGCGGGAUUUUAUGAGAGCCUGGGGACUAGAAAAACGUAACAUUGCUGAAGAGAGAGAACAACAAAAAGAUUUUGUGCCACUUUAUCAAGAUUUUGAGAACUUUUACACCAGAAACCUCUAUAUGAGAAUACGUGAUAACUGGAAUCGUCCAAUUUGCAGUGUCCCAGGGCCGCAGUUUGACCUUAUGGAACGCGUUACAGAUGAUUACAACUGGACAUUUAGGUUUACAGGAAGAACUAUCAAGAACGUAAUCAAUAUGGGUUCUUAUAACUACCUCGGCUUUGCAGAAACAGAACCUAAUGCUUUGAAAACUGUAACCAAAGAGUUACAAAAGUAUGGAACAGGAAUCUGCAGUACCAGACAAGAAAUGGGUACAUUAGACAAGCAUGUAGAACUAGAGAAACUUGUGGCCAAGUUCCUUGGUGUAGAUGAUGCUAUGGUGUUUGGCAUGGGAUUUGCAACAAAUUCAAUGAAUAUUCCAGCCCUUGUUGGGAAGGGCUGCCUCAUUUUAAGUGAUGAGUUGAACCACACUUCCCUUGUUCUUGGUGCGAGGCUUUCAGGUGCUACUAUUAGAAUCUUCAAGCAUAAUAAUAUGCAAAGUCUCGAGAAGUUACUGAGAGAUGCAAUAAUAUAUGGCCAGCCUCGAAGCCGCAGAGCAUGGAGAAAAAUUAUCAUCCUCGUGGAGGGCAUUUACAGCAUGGAAGGGUCCAUUGUGCGCCUGCCAGAGAUAGUCUCCUUGAAGAAGAAAUACAAAGCCUACCUCUACUUGGACGAAGCUCACAGCAUCGGUGCAGUGGGAGCAACAGGACGAGGAGUUGUGGAGUACUUUGGUAUGAGUCCUGAUGAUGUUGACGUAUUAAUGGGAACGUUCACAAAGAGCUUUGGUGCAGCUGGAGGAUACAUAGCUGGCAAAAAGGACCUUGUGGACUUUUUACGAACACAUUCUCACAGUGCUGUGUACGCCACAUCUAUGUGUCCGCCUGUGGCAGAGCAAAUCAUCAGGGCAAUGAAAUGUCUCAUGGGACUAGAUGGAACAACACAAGGGCUCCAAAGAGUGCGCCAGCUAGGGAAAAACACAAGAUACUUCAGAAGACGACUGCACGAAAUGGGCUUCAUCAUUUAUGGCAAUGAUGAUUCUCCUGUUGUCCCCUUACUCCUUUAUAUGCCUGGUAAGAUAGGGGCCUUUGCAAGACGCAUGUUAGAAAAAAAUAUCGGGGUGGUUGUGGUUGGGUUUCCAGCUACUCCUAUCACAGAAUCCAGGGCUCGGUUUUGUGUGUCAGCUGCACAUACACGGGAGAUGUUAGACACGGUUUUGAAUGCUCUGGAUGAAUUGGGUGAUUUUCUACAACUGAAAUAUUCCCGGUAUUCCAAGUCAUCUCAUCCUGAACUGUAUGAAGAAACUAGGUUUGAACUUGAAGAUUGAGUUUUCCACCCAUGAAGAGAACAUUAUGAUGCUAUGAAAAGGGGGGAAAACCCCGAAACUAAAAAAUACAAAUGCAUUUCUUCCCCUCUAAGGACAAUUUUUGUUUCUCAGUUAAUUGAAAAGAGGGGAAGCUUUGUUGUUGCAUUUUAUUGUAUCAAAUUUCUGUAUUCAAGAGACUGAACUAUUGAUACAGAUUUGCCUCCCCAGGAGAUCUGUCCUUCUUACGGUAUUUUUGAUGCAGAAUGAAUGCAUCCAUUGAUCAAGUUGCUAGUGUACAGCUUUUGUUAUGGCCCCUUUUUAUGAAGAGGCUUCAGAUAGUCGUAAUUGUGACUGAAAUAAUAAAGUUUAAAAACUGAAUGGA